AAUAUCCGUGUAGAAAAUCAGAACGACUCUUUCAGGCCAUCUUUAAAAUGUCAUUGGUAAACCAUACUUGAUCCUAAAUUCCUGUACUUCCUCAGGCCAUCCGAGCAUGAAACGCUGUCACCUACCCACAUCCGCUGGCUGUGACGCUUGUCAAAGUGUUCUCUAUCGGCUGCAUGCCUAGACCACCAAAGCGUUCUGUCCCGACAGUGUCACUGGCGAAGGCGGCGCGACAUGUCCAGGGCGCAGAUCUGGGCUCUGGUGUCUGGUGUCGGAGGGUUUGGAGCUCUCGUUGCUGCUACCACGUCCAAUGAGUGGAAAGUGACCACGCGAGCCUCCUCGGUGAUAACAGCCACUUGGGUUUACCAGGGUCUAUGGAUGAACUGCGCAGGUAACGCGUUGGGUUCUUUCCAUUGCCGACCGCAUUUUACUAUCUUCAAAGUAGCAGGUUAUAUCCAGGCAUGCAGAGGACUUAUGAUCGCCGCUGUCAGCCUGGGCUUCUUUGGUUCCAUAUUUGCCCUCUUUGGCAUGAAGUGUACCAAAGUCGGAGGCUCCGAUAAAGCCAAAGCUAAAAUUGCUUGUUUGGCUGGGAUUGUCUUCAUACUGUCAGGGCUGUGCUCCAUGACCGGCUGUUCCCUAUAUGCAAACAAAAUCACGACGGAAUUCUUUGAUCCUCUCUUUGUUGAGCAAAAGUAUGAAUUAGGAGCCGCUCUGUUUAUUGGAUGGGCAGGAGCCUCUCUGUGCAUAAUUGGUGGUGUCGUAUUUUGCUUUUCAAUAUCUGACAACAACAAAACACCCAGAUACGCAUACAACGGGGCCACAUCUGUCAUGUCUUCUCGGACAAAGUAUCAUGGUGGAGAAGAUUUUAAAACAACAAACCCUUCAAAACAGUUUGAUAAAAAUGCUUAUGUCUAAAAGAGCUCACUGGCAAGCUGCAUCUUGAGUUUGUUAUAAAAGCGAACUGUUCACAAAAUGAUCCCAAGGCCCUCCCAUAAUUAACACUCAAAACUAUUUUUAAAAUAGGCAUUUGAAGCAUUUGUUGAUUGCAAUGGAUGUAAGUGUUCUUACACAGUUAUAUACUAAUCAUUUUCUGUUGUGGCUUUCUAUAAAAAAUAAACAGGUUAUUUACAGGAUUUGUAAAAUGUUUUCUACAUUUACUACCAAAAGUUCAGGACGUAUUCGUACUCUAGCCUUUUUCAUCAUUCAUAGAUACAAGUCUUCGUACCCACUCCUUAUGUUUCUUUUCAUUCAUAAACAGGUAUAUAAGGAAUAAUGUCUUAUAAACAGCAUGGCGGCAAUCUGAGAAUAUUCUUCAAAAGGUGUCCAGGUUAAAUAGACAUGUUACUGGCUGCAUACAGGCAAAUUCUAGGUUUUUGUUGUUGUUGUUUUUAGUAUUCUACAACAUGUAUUUAAAAAGCUAAAUAUUUUUGUGGAAGCAGCAAGUUAUCUGGCAUAACUUAACUUCUACAGGAUCAGAGAAUCUUGCUCAUUCAUGGCCAUAUCCACAUGCCCAUGGCCGCUCAGUAGAUUGUUGAAAAAGCAAAGCCACACCAUUCUCUUUGAUGUAUGUAGAGAGUUAUGCAGCAGGGGAUAUUCUCUGAUUUAUUCCACUGGCACCAUUCGUGAAUGUUUAGUUGUUUUCAUACAUGAUGCUGUGAUGAAGACUCAUGUACAUAUUUAGCAAAUGUUAGUUUCUUACAUGUGUCUGUCAUGACUGUAAUUCAUUAUGACUGCUCCAGGAAGGGCUAAUGGGGCCAAUAUAUUAUUGCCUGUCAUGUGGCACAUCCAUGUGAAGGGGCUGAGCGUCCCUGGCACAGAAUGCAGAGCCCUGAACUAGGGCAUCAGCAGAAGCUGAGAUAGAGAUAUUGGUCGUGGUUGACUGUGGAGCCAAUUAAAACCUGUUUAUGCCUAGUGUUCCAUUAUUGGAACGCUAAGCAUGUGGGAGUUAUUUAUAUCCUACUGCUCAAGGUCAUCGCCAAGGUCUGAUU